AUGAGAACGUAUGUAUACAAUUAAAAACUUGGGAAUAUCGAAUUGAAAGUUGUAAAAAGAGCUAAAUAAUAAAAAACUGAUAAAGUGAUAGAAAAAUGAUACAUAACACAAUAAUGCUUACGGAACACGCGACUUGUAUAUAAAUGAAGUAACUCCAUUUUCGCGUUUUCUUAAAAUAUGCAGCGUUAGAUUGAUUGUCAAAACUAGUAAAUAAAACUAAAUUUAAUUAGAAAUGUCAAAAUUAAACUGAAAUACUAAAGAAGUAAAUUUAGGUGAAAUUGAAAAAGUAUUAAGAUAUUUGUCAAAAAAUAAUUAACUAAAAACAUUACCAAUUUUACCAAAGGAAAAGCAUGGAUGUAGGGUCUGUAAUAGUUAUAAUAUUUGUUAGGGAUUUAUAUAUAUACAAAUUACAAACUAAUAUUUUAUCUGACAAUUUUUCGGCACAUAUGCCGUCAUCAAAUAAUGUUCCAUGGACCUCAGAGCAAAUGCCUUGGUCGAAUUCAACAUACACAGGUGUAAUGCGCUUCACAGCAAACUUGGAUUACAAAAGUCUUAAUCAAAAGAGAAAGUCUAACAUGGAGCAAAUAUACCCUUCAAAACAGCAUAUUACUGAAGAAAAAAUGGCAGCAACUUUAAACAGUCUUCACAUAUCAAACAACUUUAUUGCACAUAAUUCAAAUGUCUCAACCGAGCGCCGCCAAUCUGAUAACCAUGUUGAAAAUGUAAUGGAAUCGGAUAUCGAACCAAAAUGUCCUUUUUAUUCUUCCAAGGAUUUAGAAAAAAAACUUCGAAAUGCUAAGCAUAUUACAAUUUGUGAGGAAUUGAAGAAUAUUAAAAAUAGUGAGACUAUUAUUCCGAAAGCUUUAUUAGAACGUUACGAAAGACCAUGUCAAGCAUUAGUCAUAUGGCAACCACCACUCAAUGUAAAAAGCUUAGUUCCUAUUACGAAUUCUGUUUCAACAAGUAAUGAGAAAUACGAAAUGAAAGAGGAUGAACAUAAAAUUCCCCCUAAUUUGAAAUAUUCAACGACAGAAUUAAACAAUUACACGAUGGAAACUGACAUGUAACGUAUGAGUUGUAAUAAUAUAUAUUGCUAGCCAUUAAAUUAGGUUUUUAAGUACUUAGUUUUUAAAAGUAAAAUGUAAUAUAAAAACUAAACCUUAUGUAAUAAUAAGUAUUUCUUAUUUACAAUAAAGUUAGCCAAUUUUUUUUAAA